AUGGAUUUCCUCGCCCCGGAUCCAGUCCUGCUUCAUGCACGUUUACGGCCGACCGGCCUGGCCUGCAUCGACCUCUCGACCAACCGCCGGUGGACGUAUGCGGAACUCAACGCCGACGUCCAGCGCGUGACGACCGUCCUGCGCGGACUGGGGGGUGGUGGUAUCCAGACCGGUGACAGAGUGGCCACCGUCUCCGCCAACAGCGUCCAUCAGAUCAUCCUGCACCACGCCCUCGCGAGACUGGGCGCCGUCCACGUCCCGCUCAACUGGCGACUCGCCCGGCCCGAGCUCGCCAAGCUGCUGCUCGACUGCACGCCCGUCCUUCUCCUCACUGAUCUGCUCGAGCCCGACCCACCGGGCCUGCUGCCCCUUGGCUGCCGCCACAUCAGCUUCUCCAGUUUCGCUGCGGCCGUGGACGCCGCAGAGCCCGGCCCUCGCCUGGACGCGCGACCCUCGACCGAGACGAGGGUCAUCCUCUACACGUCAGGAACGUCCGGGGCGCCCAAGGGCGUCCGGUUGACGGCCCAGUCCAUGCUAGCCACGACGUGGAACUUUGGCGUCCUGACCGAGGUGGAUGCCGGGAGCGUCUUCCUCUGCGACGGGCCCAUGUUCCACCUGAUGGGCCUCAUCGCCCAGACGGGGCCGGCCGUGAUGCACGGCGGCACAUGCAUCGUGUCGCCCAAGUUCAACCCCGAGGUCACCAACGCCCGCCUCAGCGACGCGGGGUUGCGCGUCACGCAUUACUUCUGCGUGCCCCAGAUGGCCGAAGCCCUCGCCCGCGCACCCAACUUUGACCCGUCGGAAUGGGCCACCCUGAAGGCGCUGUUCACCGGCGGGGCCCCGAACCCGCCAGCCCGCGUCAGGUGGUGGCUGGGCCGCGGUGUCCGGAUGGUCGAUGGCUACGGUUCGACCGAGAUCGGGACGGCUUCCGGCAUGCCGCUGUCCCGUGAUCUCAUCGGCGUCAAAGCCGGUUCUGUGGGUCUCCCAGGCCCGUUGACAGCGGUCCGAGUGGUCGACGAUCGGGACCGGGAUGUUCCCGUUGGUGCGCCGGGCGAGAUCCUAGUGUCGGGUCCGAGCGUCACCCCCGGCUACUGGAACCGGCGGGACGAGGACGUCGCCGCUUUCACGGACGAUGGAUGGUUUCGGACCGGCGACGUCGGACGGGUCGACGAGGACGGGUACAUCUUUCUCAUCGACCGGCGCAAGAACAUGUUCAUCUCGGGGGGAGAGAACGUGUAUCCUGCCGAGGUCGAGGCCGCGCUGGCCGAGCACCCCGGUGUCGUCGACGUCGCAGUGGUCGGCGUGCCGGACCAGCUCUGGGGCGAGGCGGGGCGCGCCUACGUGAUCGCGGCACCGGGCUCCCAGCUCGCUCACGCAGACUUGGUCAGUCAUUGCCAGACGCUGCUUGCUCGGUUCAAGGUACCGCGAGAGACUGUGUUUGUAGGGGAGUUCCCGCGGACAGGCUCGGGCAAGGUGCAAAAGCAUCUCUUGGCAGAAGACUCGGUAGCAAGACUGUAA